CUGGACAACAAAAAUUCAGGUUUGCUUCAAACGGAGUUCAGGCUAUUUUCGUUAAUCAAAUGGGAUAAACUGAAGAAAAAAAAUCGACCAUUGGAUAAGAAUUUGAAUCGCCCCUAAUGAUUAAGCAUCAGUAUCCAAGUUUUGUAUUAUCCCGAUUUCCACUAUGGACCGACAAUCAGUUUCAAGAGAGAGUGAUGUUUUCGAAUCUGCUUCAAUCAACAAUGCUAAGCAGAGGACAGCUUUAGUAGAAUGGAUAAACUGUAUUCUUCCGGAUAUAAAUCUGCCGAUAAAUGCUUCGGAUGAAGAAUUACGUGCAUUCUUAAUUGACGGUUCUAUCCUUUGCCGAAUACUAAACAAACUAAAACCAGGUUCUGUGGCUGAGAAUGGAGGCUCUGCUCGUCCUUCACAACACCACUCAGAAAAUGUGCAGAGGUUUUUGUCUGCAAUGGAUGAAAAGGGUUUCCCGAGGUUUCAGGUGGCGGAUUUGGAAAAGGGGUCAAUGAAAGUUGUGUUGGACUGCCUUUUAACUCUAAAAGCGCAUCUCGAUAGCAGUUCAAAGUGGAGGCACUCGGGAGAGCGUAUAGGGAAUGGGAUGCUUUCUUCUCCUCCAUUUGGUGAGGAUAGAGACAGGCGCAAGUUAUCAUUGGGCUCGAAAUCUCAGCAUGUUAUAAGUAGUCCAUUAAGGACAGAUGCAUCGGGUACGCUUAUGAAUCAAGUGGGUCAGAAAUUCCACGAAGUUUUUCAGCUUAAACAGGGAUCGUAUACGGAUAUUCCCGCUGCAAAGAUUUCGGAAAUGAUGAAAUCAAACAGCUUAGAUAAUGCUCCAACACAAUCUCUCUUGAGCGUCGUCAACGGUAUUUUAGACGAAAGCAUUGAGCUGAAGAAUGGAGAAAUACCUCAUCGUGUUGCUUGCCUAUUGAGAAAAGUCGUGCAGGAGAUUGAGCGGCGAAUAUGUACUCAGGCAGAACAUUUGCGAACGCAAAAUAAUCUUUUCAAAGCACGUGAAGAAAAGUACCAAUCCAGAAUUAAAGUUCUUGAAGCCCUAGCAACAGGGACUAGUGACGAGACACAGAUUGUUAUGAACCAGCUCCAGCAGAUAAAGAGUGAGAAGAGUAAAAUAGAAGAGAAAAAGAAAGCCGAGGAGCACGAGAUUUCGAGGCUUAUGAAAGAGAAAGAUAACCUCAACCAAGAGGUAUCGAAAUUGAGGCAAGACCUCAAAACAGCUAAUAAUAAGAGCCCAUGUGAUGAGCCCAUGCAAGAAAAGAUUGAAGAAAAGGAUUUACUCUUGCUUACAGAGUCGAAAAAUAGAGUGAAGGAGCUUGAGGAGAGAUUGAAAGAAACUUUAAAUUCGGAAACAUUAUCGAGAAAUAGAGUGAAGGAGCUCGAGGGAAGGUUAAAUGAGACUUACAGUUCAGAUAAAGAGGUCAGAAGUAAAAUGAAAGAGCUCGAGGAUCGGUUGAAGGAGACUUCAAGGUCAGAAAAUGAGUCGAGAAAUAGAGUAAAGGAGCUUGAGGAAAAAUUGAAUGAGACCUUGAAUUCAGAGAAAAAUUUGACAAGUAGAGUGAAGGAGCUUGAGAGUAGUUUGAACGAGGCUUUAAGCUCAGAGAAAGAGUUGAGAGAUAGACUGAAGGAGAAUGAGAAAUUAUCGGAUUCGAAAGCUGAAAAUUGGCAAAAGAAGCAACAUAUUUAUCAUAUCUUCACUGACUUCCAGCUUGGCGCAUUACGCGAACUAAGAUUUGCGUCUCAGUCGAUCCAGCAAGAGAUUGUCAAAACACGGAAAAGUUACUCAGAAGAAUUCGGUGUUUUAGGGUCAAGAAUGAAGACUAUGGACAAAGCUGUAAAAAACUAUUAUUCACUCCUCUCCGAAAAUCAAAAGUUGCACAACGAACUACAAGAGCUAAAAGGAAAUAUUAGGGUGUAUUGCCGGAUAAGGCCAUUUCUUCCCGGGCAGAAAGGAAAACAAUCAAUUAUUGAGUACAUUGGUGAGAAUGGAGAACUUAUAGUUGUGAAUCCAUCCAAACAAGGGAAAGAGGCACGUCGUUCGUUUAAGUUCGAUAAAGUUUAUGGCCCCACAUCAACACAAGAGGAAGUGUUUUCAGAUAUUGAGCCGCUAAUACAAUCUGUUUUAGACGGAUAUAACGUAUGUAUAUUUGCGUAUGGGCAGACGGGUUCAGGGAAAACUUAUACCAUGAGUGGCCCUGAUUCAGCAAGCGAAAAGGAAUGGGGGGUGAAUUAUCGAGCUCUAAACAAGCUUUUCGGCAUUUCUCAAAGUAGGGAGAGCAACUUCUCCUACGAAGUUUCGGUCCAGAUGGUGGAAAUAUAUAACGAACAAGUCCGUGAUUUGCUGUCAAACGACGCUUCACAAAAGAGAUAUCCUUUCCUUUUCCCAGACGCAAGCAUUCAAAGCGUAAAGUCAACCUCAGAAGUCUUGAAACUAAUGAGUGUGGGACUAAAGAACAGAGCAAAAGGCUCGACUGCAAUGAACGAGAGAAGUAGCCGAUCACACAGUGUAGUCUCGAUUCAUGCCAAUGGAGUUGAUGAGAAGAGUGGAUCGUCAGUGAAAGGCAGCCUUCACUUAGUAGAUCUUGCGGGAAGUGAAAGGGUUGACCGGUCAGAGGUGACGGGAGAUAGACUUAAAGAGGCACAGCACAUAAAUAAAUCCUUGUCAGCAUUGGGUGAUGUCAUCUUUGCUUUGGCACAGAAGAGUCCUCAUGUUCCCUAUAGAAACAGCAAGCUCACUCAACUACUCCAGGCCUCAUUAGGUGGUCAAGCAAAAACACUUAUGUUUGUGCAACUUAAUCCUGAUACUACUUCGUAUACUGAAAGCAUAAGCACCUUGAAGUUUGCUGAAAGGGUAUCUGGAGUUGAAUUAGGUGCAGCAAAAAGCAGCAAAGAUGGCAGGGAUGUACGCGAAUUAAUGGAGCAGGUUGCAUCUCUAAAAGACAUGAUAGCGAAGAAGGAUGAGGAGAUAGAGACAUUGCAGCUGCUUAGAGAUUCGAAAACCGAAGCCAGUGGUGAGAAACACGUUAUCACUUCAUUAAGAACCGCCGCAGCUCAGGGACGCGGGUCUCGAGGACCGCGCGUUGCCGUUGGAUCUGUCACGGAAGAGUUACUGCGAGAUGCAUCCGCCGUCGGAUCAGUCGGCCAGGAGAAAACUGAGGGCCUCGGCAGAUUGUCGUUGACGGGGCAUCUUGCCGGCAUCUCAGAGGCAGACAACGGAGUUGAAAUGCAGGGGAGAUUAGCCCAUGCCCUCGUCGUAUCAGAUAAGGCUAGCGCCACGUGGCACCCAGUUGUAGGGUGGCAAGCGAUAAGGCACCAGAUCAUCUAUUUGUGGUCACAAACACGACAGGGCCGAUCGGACGCCUCAGGACCGCCAACACGGAUGAAUAUCAAAUCCGCACCGUUGGAUGGAAUCAGUAAAGAAGCGGGGGUGAGGUGUGAUUAUAAAAGGGUAAGGAGAAAAAUGGCUACCUCAAUGGUCUCAACCACCGCCCCCACCGUCGGCCGCCGCUCGGCUUCGGCUCAGCCCGCCGUCUUGUCUCCCUUCCUCGGCUUCAGAUCUACCGGCGCUUUUCCUGGCACUCCCAAGACUUUCGACAUCACCAGCAUCACUAGCAACGGAGGCAGAGUCAAGUGCAUGAAGCACGGAUUUCCAUACCGUGAGAACAACAGGUCUCCAGGGUACUAUGACGGGAGGUACUGGACAAUGUGGAAGCUGCCCAUGUUCGGUUGCACAGAUGCAAUUCAGGUCGUGAACGAGCUGAAUGAGGCAAUCAAGGCUCACCCAGACGGCUUCAUAAGGAUCAUUGGCUUCAACAAUAUCCGCCAAGUCCAAGUCAUCAGUUUCAUUGCCUACAAGCCCCCAGGCUACUAG